CUUCAUUUUGUGUAUAGUUUCUUAUUAUUUUUAUUUUUAUAUAUUUAUGUAGAUUAGUUUUUAUUAAUAUUAUUAUUGUUUCCGUUAUUAUAUCAAUUUUAGCUUUAUAAAAAUAUGUGUUAUUCUCUAUCUUCUUCUAUUAACUAUUCUUGAUUAUUUCCUUUCUUCCUACUUUUCCUGAUAUGCUAAUUUACUUUUUAAAGGAUUUGUUAAAAAGAAGGCCCGCUCACAUUGGAUCCUUCCUUCCUUAUCAUACUUCUAAUAUUAGUUUCCCAGAUUCCACCUACAUUUCAAAUUUUCCCCUAAAUCCUGCAAAUUUUAUAAACAUUAGGCACACUAAUAACAUUAAUGGUAAUCGCAUAAUGAGGUCUCCAAUGAACUUCAUUAAUCGCAAGUUCUCAACAGUCACUAAGGCUGUUAUUCCCGAAUCAUACUCUGACGAGGACAUAGAAACCGUUGAAAGCAUAAAGAUUCUCAUUGAUAAACGGAUCCGACCUGUGAUUCAGCAGGACGGUGGGGACGUUUCUUUCGUUUCUUACGACCCUUCAACCGGUUAUGUUUACGUUAGGCUCAGCGGCGCUUGUGUUGGAUGCAUACAGAGCGACGUGACUCUGAAGCACAUGAUCCAGGGCAUGCUGUGUCACUAUCUCGAGGAGAUUACUGCGGUGUACAAUGUCGACGAAGAGAACAAUGUAAUCAAAGGAAAUUCUGAAAACGAUUAUUAAUAUAGUUUCCAUUUUAUAA